AUGGCAAACAGGGCCAUGUAUGAUGUCCUUGGCCCCCGUACCUUCCGCAUCGAACACACUGCUGCUGCUGCUACUACUACCAGUGCCAUUGCUGGUGGUGCCGAUGAUGAUGCGGCGUCGUCGCCAUCUAACCCCUGCCAAAUCCAUGCCAUGGCCUUCCAAGACUGCAUCGACCAGCAUGGGAGCGACAUCAGCAGGUGCCAGUUCUACGUCAACAUUCUGAAUGAUUGCCGACGCAGAGGCCAAGUCGCCGCCGUUGAAACAUCCUGA